AUGGCGGACGCUGCUAUAGUCUUCAGCUUUCCUCCAGACCAGUCCGCACUGGAGCAGCUCUCUCCUGCCGAAUACGAUCACUCCAUCCGCCACUACCUCACCCAGCUUGCCCGCAUAUCCAAAGCUGUUUGGCAAGUGGGACAGAUUGGAGACCAGAACUUGCUAGAGAUCCUCGACCCGGCCGUCAAUUCCAUACCAUACCUCUACGUCCUCAUCCACCAACUCCACUCCAAAAUCGAGUCCGCUAGCUCCGCGCUCAACGUGCCAGAUGAGUGUCGCCCGGGAGGCGAGCUCUGGCUGAAGCUUAUCAACUACCUGAACGUCUUCGACCCGAUACAGAUUCGCUACGUUGGUGCGGAUUGGAGAAGGGCAGUGGAGUAUGUCGACUUAAUCGCACGCUUGAUGGACACACCUGCCGUUGGAUUGGUACCUGUCCGCACGGCUUUGAGCCGCAUGGACCCCUCUCUGGGCACCUUCACCUCGGUGCAUCUGCUCUACCUUCGUCUUUGCCACGAGGUUAGGGCCUUCUACGAGGCCCUUCCUAUUCUAGACCAGUACAUCCACAGCUUCCCUUCCCAGCCAAUCGCGGGUGCCGAGUUCACGUUACCAUGUGCAGACCACAUCACCAGCGCUGGCUAUAUAAAUGUGCGCUCUGGGCUUUCAGACAGGGUCACUACAGCCGAUGUCCACGAGUACUUUCUUCUCAGUGCAAACACCUACCUGGCAUUGCGCCAGUACAAGCAGGCCCAGCUGUUCCUGGAGUACAUUCUGACCACCCCUACGCAAAGUGUUGCAAGCGGCCUUAUGGCCGAAGCUUACCGAAAGUGGGUCUUGGUAGGAUGUCUGGUCAACGGUGGUCCGGCUCAGAAUCUCAAGCCAGUCAACAGCCAUGCGCUCAAGACAAUGAAGUUGGCAUCCAAGGCAUAUGACACUAUUGCUGAAAUCUUCCAAGGCGGUGACCCCGCCCGUCUUCAGGCCGAAAUCGACGUCGGCACGCAGAUCUGGAGCGAGGAUGGGAAUACCGGACUAAUAAGGGAGGUUCAGGAGCACCAAGCAAAGCUUUAUGUGAAGAAUCUCCAAAAGACAUACGCAGCAGCCCCUGUAUCCACCGUUGCCAAAUGGCUGGGCCAAGCCCCAGACGCUGCCGAAGCGUACCUGAAAGAACUGAUCGACGAAGGCUUCCUGAAUGCCACAAUAGAACAGGAUGCAGGCAGCCAGCAGAUCCUACGAUUCCACUCGGAGUUGGCCCGCGGUCCACGUACCAAGACCGAGGAGCAGCAGCUUUCCGAGCUUGUGGCUCAAACGAAGAGGACCGAUGAACUAGCCGAGCAUGUCAAGGCAGCCACGCAGAGACUGAGCUUGACGAAGGAGUACGUCGAGUUUGCGAAGAAGAAGGCGCGUCAGAAGGACGACAGUGGUCAGGGGGCAGGCGAGACGAUGGACACGUCAUGGGAUGCAUACGAGCAGGACGAGGACAUGAUGGCAGAUUUGUGA